AUGAAACCCAUUCAAUCUGACAUGAAAAAAAAACGGCUAUCUGGUGGAGCUCGAAGAAUAAUAAAAGAAAAAGAAAAGAUGGUUAAAGGAAAUACUAGUAUUUUAUCUUUUAUAAAUACACAUACACCUUCUAUAUUACAAGUUCUGCCACAGCCAACAAUCACAAAUGUUGAAGAUAGUUCAUAUGAAGAAAAAGAUUAUGUUCUUAAUAAUGGUACUUCAGUACAACCAGAUACCAAUAAAAAAUCACUGGACAUAGUCUUUUCAUUUUUGAUUGAUAAAUGCCAAGAUUUCCCUUCAGAUCCAUAUUUAUUCAAAAAUAUUACGUUGUCGAAGGCAUUAAUUAGAGCUCUUAUUGAAGUAGGUCCUUGUCAGCCAGGAAUUGAAAAAAAAUUCAAAUUUCCAAAAAAUGAAAAAGAAAAGUCUGAAAAAGAACAUAAUCGUAAUGUUUUAAAACGUCUAAUUGAUGUAUCUCUAUUUCUUGCAAAAAAUGGUCUCCCAUUUAGAGGACAUAAAGAAAAAUUGAAUGAUGGAAAAUCAAAUAAUGGACUGUUUUUAGAACUUGUUAAGCUUAUAGCAAAGUAUGAUGCAGUAUUAUGUAAACAUCUAUUAGAGUCAAAAAGAAACCAAACUUACCUAAGUAAUUUAAUUCAAAAUGAUAUAAUUGAAGCUAUGGCUCAAGAAACGUUACAGUUAAUAUUGAAAGAAGUAAAGAUAGCAAAAUAUUUUUCUAUCAUAAUUGAUUCAACUAUUGAUAUCAGUCGAGAUGAUCAAUUUUCCUUAAGUAUACGAUUUGUGGAUCAAGGUGGAAUAAUUAGAGAACAUUUUUUGUGUUUUGAAGAGUUACCAGGGGCUUCUGCAGAUAACUUUUUUGAUGUUCUUAAAAAAUGUUUAAAAAAAUUUGAUUUAGAUUUUUCUAUGUGUAGAGGUCAGUCGUAUUAUGGUGCUAGUACAAUGUCUGGCCGUUAUUCUGGUCUACAAUCAAAAGUCAAAGAAUUAUCACCCCUUUCUUUGUACAUUCAUUGCUGUGCUCACAAUCUAAAUUUAGUUUUAAUUGAUUCUAUCAAAUCUUCCAUCGAUGCAGUUUCCUUCUUUGGUACUUUAGAAUCAUUGUAUACUUUUUUAACUAGCAGUUUGCCUAGAUUGCAUAUUUUGGAAGAAGAACAAAAAAAACAAGUAGAAGGUAUUGUUUUGACAUUGAAAAAACUUUCAGAGACAAGGUGGGCUAGUCAUAAACGUGCUGUAGAUGCAGUUUAUUUUAGUUUACCUGCAAUUGUUAAAACAUUAAAGAAAAUUAGCAAAGGAGAAAUUCCUAAUACAAAACAAAAAACUGUUUCUGAAGCUCAGGACAAAGUAUACAUAUUAUCAAAUUAUUUACAGAACUCUUCAAUUAAUCUAUUAACAGCUCAUAGCAUGAUUCAAGAUUGUUUUACUGAUAUUGACUCUAUGAGAACAAUUGAAGUUUUCAUGGAAGUUAAAGAAAAGGCAAUAGUGUUUUGCAAUGGAUUUGACGGUAGAAAGCAGUUUGAUGGACCUAGAUGUAAAAAAAUAAAAACCAAUUUUGGUGAAAGUACAGAAGUUCAGUCAAUAAGUUCAGUUGAUGAGCGAUUUAGGAUCAAUACUUAUUUUGUCAUUUUAGAUGCAUUUACCAAUGUUUUAAAAUAUCGCUUUGAAGAUUUUUCUAGUAUUGUAAGAAAAUUUGAAAUCCUUGAUCCAAAAAAAUCUUUUGAAGGUAGACCCAGUAAUGAAAUUUUAGUUGAACCCCUUAUAGAACUUUCUACAUUUUAUCAAGCAGAUAAAUAA